CAACCGCACAGCCUCUGUGUAAUAAGUGAAACUUGCCUUUUAAAUUUCCCAAACUUUAUAGCAUCCCAAUCAUAACCAGUCUCACUUCAUUAUGAUUGAAGCUGUCGUUGCUGGAAGCACUGGCCUGGUUGGCUCACACAUUUUGUCCACUCUCAUUACCUCUACAUCGACCACAAAAGUCAGUGCAUAUACUCGCCGCGACCUUCCUCAACAAUCCCCCAAGCUCACCCCUCUGCUCUCCGCCGAUACCCACACAUGGCCAUCGCUCUUCCCGCGCCAGAGCAAGCCUGUCGUGCUCUUCUCCGGCCUUGGCACGACGCGUGCACAAGCCGGUAGCACAGAUGCACAAUACAAAGUUGACCACGAUCUAAAUCUAGAGCUCGCAAAGGCUGCAAAAGAGGCAGGCGUGAAAGUAUACGUUCUCAUCUCGACAUCAGGUGCAAAUACCAAUAGCAUGAUGUUCUACCCGAAGAUGAAAGGACAAUUGGAAGAGGAUAUCAAGGCAUUGGAGUUUGAGCACACCGUCAUUCUCAGGCCGGGACUGAUCGUGGGAGACCGGACGGAUAGCAGGCCUGCUGAGGCGGCCAUCAGACAUAUUGCAAGAGCUGCUGGCAAGUUUGGAGAUGGUAUGAAGGAUUUCUGGGCGCAAGAUGCUGACGUUAUUGCAAAAGCUGCGGUUCACGCAGGGAUGCAAUGUCUCGAGGGAAAGAAGACUGAGAAAGGUACUUGGCUUGUGGGUCAGUCUGAUAUUAUCAGACUUGGGAGAACAGAGUGGAAUGAGUAAAAUGUGCAGAUUCAGGACAGCUGGGUCGCAUGGCGGUACUUUCUUCGUGUGGCGACUGUCUCAUCUGUAAUUCUUUUGGUCACAUUGUACCAUCAUGUUAAACCUUGCUAGAUACCCAACGAAUGCUCUGUAUAUCUAUCUAUUCGCAUAUCGCACUAUUUGUCAGUACAAAAUAAUUACAGGCUGCGAC